CUACAUUCACUUUUCUUCAAUCUUUUUUCUUUUUGUUCCUCAAAAUCAAAAAUUUUAAUUGUCUAUCUUCAAGUUAUACUGAUUCUUUUUUUUUUCUUUCUACUUAUUUUUGAAUUCCUCUAGUGCAAUUUUCAUGUCAGUUUUUGUACUUUCAGCUCCAGAAUUUCUUUUUUGGCUCCUUUUUAUAUUUCCUGUAUUUAUUGAUAUUGUUAUUUUGUUCCUACAUCAUUUUCCUCUCUUGUCUGUGCUGUUAUUUAUUUUGUUCCUUCAGUAGGAUAUACUUUUCCGGUUCUUUGUGUAUGUGCAUGCAUGUGUUUUUUAAAAACUGUAUAUUUGAAUCUUACAAUGUGGUAACUGUAGAAAGCAGAUUCUCUCCCUUCCUCAUGGUUUUCUUUUCUUUUUUGUUUUAUGAGAUAUUGCUCUACCAGCCUGCAGUGAAAGUUUAAAAAUAUCACGUGGUUUUAGAGCUCAUGUUGUUCCCUGGGCCUAUGAAGUAAUUUUUUUCCUACUGUAUAUACAGCACUUUUCAUGACCUUUAUCUUUAAAUGUUUUAUUCCCCAAAGGGAAAAUGGGUUCAAAAAAGGAGAAACCCCUUUCCAUGUGCUGUGCCUUUAUAUUUCCCGGGGAUUCUGAGAGUAACUGCCACCUGUGUAUGUACCUCUGCAAUCAGAAGUAUUAAUUAGGAAUCAGAACACAGAAUCUCAAUAUUGGGAGAACAACAUCUUUUAUUUCCACAUAGAGACCCACAUGAAACUGUCGGUCACGGGGCUGGGGUUAAGGGAUAGGUAGCUACUAUAAUGCUAAUGGCUGAAAUAAAAAGAGAUUUAUUGUAAUUUAUCAGGCAAGCUUUUCCCUGGAAGCUUCAAAUAUUCAAAUUGAUUUCAGAGUUCCAAAAGAGUAACUUCAUGGAGUUCCUGGGAGUGCAAUGACUACUGGAGAGAUGGAUUCCUGGGACCUCCAACUCUUGCUGUCUUCCCUCUGGUCUACCUGUGUUUUUAAAGUUAGUUUUUAUCACACAGCAGAAGGGAUUCUUUGAAAUGCAAAUCAGAUCAUUACUUCUUUUCUGAAAACCCUACUUUGGAUUCUCAUUUUACUUGAAGUUAAAGCCCAAGUCUUUACAAGGCCCAUAUAAUUUGUUCUAGUCACACUGACUUUAUGAUUUCUCAAAUAUUUCAAAUACUGCCCCCAGGAUCCUGGAUUCAGGAUCUUUGCACUUGUUCUACCUACCAGGAACACUCUACUCUCAAAUAUCUGUAUUUGAUUUCUUCUCACUGUUUUUAGAUCUCUUCUGAUGUUACUUUCCCAAUCAGGUCUUCCCUGACCUCCACCACAACCACUCCUAGUUUACCUCAUUUUUCUCCACAGCAUUUGAUACUGUUUCACAUACUAUAGACUUAUUGGCUAAUAGUUCAUCUUUGCUGGAUAAUGUAAUUCCAAGAAUGCAAGGAUUUUUUUUUUUCUUGUGGUGUUUGUUGCUGUGUGUGACUGGACACACACAUUCCCAUAGCUGUUGAAUGAGUGAAUAAGGAAGGUUGUAGGAGAGCCUCCAAGACUAAAGGUGUGUGUUAAUUUCAGGAUCAAGGUAAUCUGUACUAUGGAGAAUGGUUUCUAAAGCAGAAGUCACCCAGGUUCAACAUCUAGCAAUUUAAUUUCAUCAUAACAGCCCACACACAGAACACCAAGUGGGUUGGGUACAAACAACAAUGGGCGUAUGUAUUCCAUGCUAAUUACACAAACUAAUUGUUGUUUCCUGAGAGGGUGUGAUUUGUGCUCUGGGUUUCUUGAAACUGCCUGAAAAGGUAAAUUGCCACCCCAACCAGCGUGGGCAACUGAAUUAAGGUCUCUUGUGUAAAUUUGUGGUGAUGCAAAAUAAAACACAGACACAAUUUACCUUUACCUAAGCUUCAGGACAGCUUCCCCUUGGCUCAAGGCCUCAGGCUCCCCAAAAGGAAGAGCAAGAAAAAUGUCAGAGAGGCUGAUGAGAGAGAGAGAGAGAGAGAGAGAGAGAGAGAGAGAGAGAAUGAGAGAGAGAGAGAGCACAUUUGGAAGUCAGUUUUUAUUGGGGGACACUGUUCUUAGAAAGUUCUAUCCAUAAAUGGGCAGAAGAGGUAGGAUUACAAGGGAGCAGGUGAGUGUUACUCAACUCCAGGGGCAUGCCUACAAAGAAGAUGGCCUUGCUAUCUGAGCUGGGUCAAUACCCAAGCCACCACGAAUGUAGUGGUUGGUCAGGGCCUUGUGCUUCAGGACUGGAAAGCGUGGUCAUUCAGAGCAGAGAGGCUCCCCACAGUAAACUGUAGCAGUUACAACAAGGCCUGCUCUUUAUAGUGUUUAGAUAUCUAUGGAACAGGCCAAAAAUUAUAGCAGAAGGGGUAUUUUUGUUUUCUGCAACUGUGAAGACACAGGUUCAUGUGCAUAACUGAGUCAUCUGUAAUUCACAGUCUUCUUUUACAAUUCUCUCUCUCUGUUUCUCUCUCUCUCCACACACACACACACACACACACACACACACACACACACCAGAAUCAUUUUCAGGAGAGCUAAAUGACUAACCAGGGUCUGGACUGGCAUGUUGUCCCAGGUCCCAGAUGAUGGCACUACCAUGUGAAAUAGCAUGUGUUUGAAGACAACAUUCUGGGGCACAUAUUUCAAAGUGAUUUCUCUUCUCCAGAGGGCACUUAUCAUUUUUGUUGUUGUUGUUGUUGUUCACUACUGAGGCAGAAAGUCCAGUAAGAAACUAGAUUAGGUGAAGCAUCUUCAAAGCUGAUUAGACCUCGAGUAGCCUUUAGAGGGAUGAUGUCAUCUGGGAUGUCAUCUGGGGACUUCAUGUGUGGCGAGUCCUGACAUGUUUACAUCCCACUGUGAUGAAGCAGUGGUGGAAGAGUGCUGUGGGCAGAACAGGGUUCUGCUGAGCAGCCACACUGUUGACACUUACAGCCAUGGUCUUUAGAAUGACAACAACGUGGCACUGUCUAGAAGUGUCUAAAUAAAUAUUAAUAAAAAAUCCCUAGGUUCUUUUCUUUUUUAAUUACUACCAGGAGCAAAUAGUGCCUCAGAAUUACUUAUUAACGAAUGAUAAAGUGUCAAACUAUUUCAUUUUUUAGCAGCAUGAUAGUUUUUCCUGUUUACCAUAAAUAAAUGGGGCUUUAAGGUUGUCAGGAAGAUUUGGAAUGCAUAGCAUGCUAGGAGAUGUCUUGUUUCUGGCUGUGGUCCCCUUAAGGUGAGUUCUGUCUGGUGAUUAGCAUCAUCUUGGAUUAAAUUAAUUGGCUAUACUCAAGCCCUGGGUAGACACGCUAAGAAUAAAUCCAGAGAUAUUAGUUCCUAUGCAUGAAACAAGCAGUUUACAUAUCCAGUGAAAUUUAUGUGAACUACACAAACAACUUAACCUAGUCUUUUUCUUUUCCUCAAGCUCUGGUAAGUACAAAACUAUUUGAAAUAUUUCUUUGGGUGAAAAUUACCUCCUUUUUUUUUUUGCUAGUUUUAUUUAAUUUUUUAUUUUAUAAUCUAAAUUACAUGUCUGUGUUUUGUCCUUAACCAGUAGAAAAAGUAUAAAUGUUCCUAAUAAUUAUUGUCUUUUAUUGCCAGCAACCUUUGCAAUAUGCUGAUAGUGAAGAGAGAACUUCACUAUUAGGAAAUCAAGUGAUUCUAGUUUAUUCAAAUAUGAGUAAAGCUUAUGUUUUUUUUUUUUGUCAUUAUAAAAUCACUAUAGACUCAGGGUAGAAAUCUGUGAAAUACAUUAGAGAAAAAGGAAGCUGAUUGUAAUUCAACAGUACUGUGAUUACCACAGUGAAGAACUGGUGUGUAUAUCUUUCUGAACCUCCUUUUCCUAAAUCCCAUCCAAUAGAGUUUGAAAAGUUUGUGAAAUGAACUAUUUUUUCUUACAUCAAGUCUCUGAAUUGCCAUAAGAAUGAAUAUUUUGAAUGUAUCAGUUUUCUAUUUUGUUUUCUGAAUUGCCUGAUUUUCUACUAUGUGGAAGAAAAUUAUAUUUAAAUACCGUUCGUUAGUAAAAUGGCAUGUGAACUUUGUAGAUCUUUAUUUGUAGGUUAAGUGAGUAUGAGAGCAAAGCCGUAGCCCUGUGAGUAGAGGCAGCUAUUUUGUUCUGAGCUACAUGGUCAAAUACAUUAUUGAUUGACACCCACCCACAAGAGCAUAGACAAUUAUAUUCAUAGUUGAACACAAUGAAAUGAACAGUAUUGGAAAAUCUUAAUCUUAAAAAGCAAUGAAGUUAUUCAGGAUAGUUCCAGGGUAUAACUUGAGGCAAUGAAGAAACUCUGCAGAAAAGGGGGAAAGAUAUGGGUGGCAAGCAGUCACAUCGUUAGCAACAGAUUUUAAUGUAAAUUGGGCUGGAGGCAAGAGAUUUUUUUAUCAACCAGCUUCCUUGCUAGGAAGCAAGUGGUAAGAAAAGUGGAGGGCUGCAAGAUUAUAGUUUUCUGUUGUUACCCCUUUCCACCUCUAGUCUCCUUUAGUCUAAACUUUUGAGAAAAGAGUUUAAAGCAUUUUAGGCUGCUUAAGUUGGUUUGUGCCCUAGGUAGUCAUUAAGCAUAUUACUGUCUUAUUCCAAGUUCAGAUGGAAAUACCUUGUCAUAAAAAUGUAUGUGAAGAAAAUUUACUUAAUUCUCAUUCAAAUUCUGAUUAGUUUUCAAAAUUGAUUAAGAAAGGAGCACAGUUAACACAGGAUCAUUUAAAAUCAUGGAGGAUUGGUAACUCAGUUUCAUAGAAAAGGGGAUACUCGUCUGCCAAGACUCAGUGACCACAUCACAGGGCUUACCCAUAUGUGCUGGCUAGAUGAUGCUCUAUUUCUGCCUUCAGAACCUCGUAGGGCAUCUCCAGCUCUCUUCGCAUCAGCUUUACAAGGCUUUCCUCACUCCUACUUCCAACCCUUCAGGUGAGGUUAGACAUCCCUCCUUGAAUAUUUCCUUGGUACUCUGGCUCAUCCUCAGUUUUACUCUUCAAUUACCAUGUGAAUGUCUUGUGGACUCCACGAGAUGCCUAUGAUUAUGUCAGAGCAAAAACUGAUCCACUUCCUUGGGAAAUAAUUUGGUUUGAACCCUCUUCCCCAAUGACAGCAUCAUGUACAGAAAGAACAUAGCUUCUUUUAUUCAACAAUAAUAUUGAAUAGUCAUCAUGUUCCAUGUUUUACACCCAAAGCCCACCUUAACAUGGGUUCUUAAGUCUUACAUACAUGUAUGCAAAAUCUCGAUGCUGCCUAAAACUUCCCCGAGUGACUUCUAAGAGUUUCCAAAGAUUUUUUUUUUUUUACAUGUGAUGAAGUCAUGAGAAUUGGUAUUUUUUUUCCCUACAGUCUUCUUAUCAAAGUGCUUGGCAACUGCCUUGCUAUAGGCAUUUUCUCUGCAAAUGCUCCUCCACUGCUGGGCAUGGGGUAUCUUCCCAGGUCAUGAUGCCUUCAGCUCUUGCCUUUCAUACAUUGGGCUCAGAACCAGCUCAGGACCUGCAGCAGUGAAAUAGGGACAAUGGGGUUGCCUCUUGUCUCCUAUUGCCCUUAUCUUCUAUGUUUUCCCUUGUGGUCCUGGUACAAAAUCUCCUUUAUCAUAUUUUAGACACAACCAAAUAAACAUAAAAUCCUUCAAGAGCUUUAGCAUAUUGGAUCACACAGAUAUGUUUCCAGAGUGGCCACCAGGUUAACAACUCUCCAAAUAGUGAAUAUGGGCAGGACAAUAGCAACACUAAAAGCCUCAAAUAAUAGGUAAAUAGCAUUUUCAAAAUGAGGUGAAAAUGGCAUCUCAAAUACUGUUCAUGUAAAAUAUGUUCAAAUAAACAUUCAAAUAAACCAUCUUAAAAAGUAACAGGAGGCAAAGAUUUCUUUAUUUUUUUAUUUAAAUACUAAAAUAUUCAUCCUUUAAAAAUAUUUUAAAUCGAUGCAAUGGGACAUUUAAAUAUGCAUCCAACGUGUGACGAUCAGAUCAGGUUGAAUGGCAUAUCUGUCAUCUCAGACAUGGAUCAUUUCUUUGUGUUGGAAAGUUUAGAAUCCUCUCCACUAGCUCUUUUAAAAUAUUUAAUGAAUUGUCAUAGUCUUCCCAGUGUGCUAUUGAACAUUAGAAGUUACUGCUCCAGUCCAGCCAUACCCAUGUGCCUGUUAACCAGUCUCUCACCUUGUUGUUGCUGAGGGCAAGGGGAUUAAGCAGCGUGCUCAAGGUCAAGCCACAGUUUAUCAGAUGAUAAGAAGAGGUUGCAGUUUUGCUGACUCCAUUGCAAAGCUGGAUUCCUGGUCUACUGCUGCACAUGCUUGCCAUAGCUGCUGUUACUGUCUUAAGAAGUCUCAACCAAAAUGAGUGAGACUCCUUCCACUGGUUUUUCCAUGAUUCAUCCGAGUUCUUCUGAAGGUCAAGUUCGUUCUCCUCGCCACUUACGCAUCACUCAUCCUGUUGUGGCCAAACGGAUCAGCUUCUAUAAGAGCGGAGACCCCCAAUUCGGCGGAGUCAGAGUGGUGGUCAACCCUCGUUCCUUUAAGAGCUUUGAUGCUUUGCUGGACAACUUGUCCAGGAAGGUGCCCCUGCCUUUCGGGGUGAGGAACAUCAGCACGCCCCAGGGAAGGCACAGCAUCACGAGGCUGGAGGAACUGGAGGACGGUGAGUCCUACCUGUGCUCCCACAGUAGGAAGGUGCAGCCUGUGGACCUGGACAAGGCUCGCCAGCGCCCCCGGCCGUGGCUCAGCAGCCACGCCCCCGGCGCGCAGGCACAGGGUCGCCCUGUCGUGGCCGCGGCUCCGGGCUUGCUGCGCGCCCCCAGGCGCCUCGUGGUUUUCCGGAAUGGCGAUCCAAAGACGAGGUGCGCGGUCCUUCUGAGCAGGAGGGUCACACAGAGCUUCGAGGCCUUUCUGCAGCACCUGACAGUGGUCAUGAAGUACCCGGUAGCCAAGCUGUAUGCCACGGAUGGAAGGAAGGUUCCCAGUCUCCAGGCAGUGAUCCUGAGCUCUGGAGCUGUGGUGGCAGCAGGAAGGGAGCCGUUUAAACCAGGGAAUUAUGACAUCCAAAAGUACUUGCUUCCUGCUAGAUUACCAGGAAUCUCCCAUCGUGUGCAUCGGAAGGGAAAUGCUAAAUCAGAAAGCAGAAAGAUGAGCACACAUAUGUCUUCGAUCCCAAGAUCCCAGAUUUAUUCUGUUUCUUCUGACAAAACACAUACUAUUGAUUGCUGCUCAGACUAUUCUUUUGCUCCUGAAAACUACUUGGCCUUAGAAAAACAUGGUCCUCAGAACUUAUCAAUAUAUCCUUCUGAAGACGAUAUUGAGAAAUCAAUUAUUUUUAAUCAAGAUGGUACUAUGACGGUUGAGAUGAAAGUUCGAUUCAAGAUAAAAGAAGAAACCAUUAAGUGGAUAACCACUGUCAAUACACCUGGUCUUUCUAAUAAUGAUGAAAAGAGUGAGAUAGGUUGUUUUCCUGGAAGAACAGAUGCUCCAUCACCUAGUUUCAAGUUUGCAGCAUGUUCAAUGUCUGCAGAUGCUAAAGGCAAUAAUCAAGAGGCCAGUUUAGCAGAAGAAAUAAACACUCAAAUGACAGUUCAAGAGGCUGAAACUUGCAGUUUUGCUAGUUGGGAGAAUGCUGCUUUGGACACAGGUAACAUCCACGGAACUCAGAAUCAAGUGAAGCAUCGUUUUUAUAGACCACCUACACCUGGACCAAGGAGAGCAAGACAAAAGAAAUCAGUAAUGGGGAGUGUGACCCUAGUAUCUGAAACAGAAGUUCAAGAGAAACAGUUUUCCUAUAGUGAAGAAAGGGAAGGUGGGAAAAACAAAUCUGAAUAUCACAUGUUCACACAUUCUUGCAGUAAAAUGUCAUCCGUAUCCAACAAACCAGUAUUUGUUCAGAACAAUCAGAAUGAGCAGAAGGAGUCAUCUUUAGAAAGAAAAAAGGAAAGUAGACUCCCCAAAUCAAGAGCGAUACGUGCUGGUGUUAUAGAAAUUACAGGUCAGAAGAUGGUAAAGAUGUCCCAUAAUAGUGGCUUAUCAUCAGCUACAUCAGAGAACUCCACUGUGGAAGAAAGUACAGUUAAUAGUGUAAUAUCAGACAACAAAACUGAUAUCAAGAACUUCAGAACUUACAAUAGCACCAGUGAUACGUUCAGUCCCAUUUCAGCAGAUGUAACGAGCUCUACAAGUAACAAUUCUGGGACUGACAAAAGUAUUUCUGAGGCCACGGUUUCCAUAGGGUCUUCUACUGUCACCACAAGAAUUGACAGAUUAACUGAUGAAUUUUCUCAGCGUGGUUUAACAGAACUGCCAGAAAAUAAAAAGCAGACUGUAUUACCUGUUUCCCGAAAAAAGAAGAAGAAAGUUCAGCCGCAAGUAAUAAAUUCCAGGUAUCAAGAUGGGGUAAUUGCAACCAAAGAAAUCUCCAAAAAGAGUAAGAGAAUAAAUACAGAAGAUAGAAUUUCAGAGGCCACCGUGUUGAAAGGUCCACACAGUCCCCUUAAAGGAGGGACACUUUGUGAGGAAGAUCCCCAUACAAGUGAUAUGGUAAUCAAAUCAAAUCAUUUUUAUUCCAAAAGUAUUCUCCAUCCCGCUAUUUCUAAGAAUUUCCAUAGAAAUAAAUUAAAUACUAUUCAAAACCCUAAGGUUCAAGGACUUUUAAUCAAAAGAAAAUCCAGGCUACUAAAGAGAUCAAGUUUAGGAACACCUAAAAAAAGAGAAUUUGGUCAGGGAGAUAAAGUACUAUCCCAUAACGAAUCUAAAUAUUACAAAAGCACUUUAAAAAAUCAAAGUUCAUUUCAUGUGUUUAAUCACACUGAACAAACAUCAAAAGUUUUUUGUGAUCCAGAGUCUCAAGCAGAAAUAGCAUCUGGGAAUUUGAGAGGAAUGGCCAAAAAGAGUUUAUUUCCAAAAAUUAAUGAUUCACACAUAAUUCCAAAAAGCCCCCCCAAACGAAAAGGUGUUAAAUUGAAAUCAGGUGCUAUUGUAAAUAAGCACCAUGCUAGAGCUAGGACCAAUUCUUUAGCUUCUUUGAAAAAAGCUGAUUUCCUUGAGGAUAUUGCCCAUAAUUCGGUUCAUAAUUAUAUACAGAGAUGGUUGCAGAACAUAAAUCCAUAUCCAACUUUAGAACCUGGAAUAUCAGCUCCACUAUGCAAAAAUGAAAGGAGAGUGGUAAAUUAUAAUCAUGGCGGUUCUCCAGGAAAUCAUCCCCACACAAAUAUUGCAAAAGGAAAUGAUUUUGUCCUGCAAAGUAGUAAGCACAUGACUAAAAAUGCCAGUUUGACAGGAGAUAAUCUCUGUAAAGAGGCAGGUGAAUCUCCUAUUGCCAAAGAUGAUGGUGAAGAACCUAAAGAUCUAGAUGAGAGUCAGGUUGGAUCUGUGAAUGGCGCCCACUUGGUUUCACUGCACGAAUAUGGUACAUUGUCACAACCAGCUGUUAAUGACCCUAAGACUAAAAGCCAGAUAUCUGCUGAAAAGUCAGGACCAGAAAUGAGCCUUGUUUACCAGGGAAUAAACCUAGCUAAGAAAGCACAAAGUGUAGAGGUUGCCAUUCAAGUAGAUCCUAUGGAAGAGAGCACUCCCAAAGACCUCUUAUCAGUCCUGUUGCUUCGCCAAUUUCAAGCUCCAGUUGCGGGUGUCCACAAGCCUCAGAAUGGAGUUGUUCAGAUGCCAGGUUCACUUGCAGAUGUUUCUUUCCCUUCUUCCCUGUGUAAUUCAUCCACUAAUCUUCUUCUAGCUUGGCUGUUGGUGCUAAACCUAAAGGGAGGUAUCACUAGCUUCUGUCAAGGUGAUGCUCACAAGAUCACCAGCAGAUCUUCAGAGACACUUGCCUUGUUGGAAGUUCUAAAGCACGUUGCUGUCACAGAGGAAGCUGAUGACUUGAAGGCUGCGGUUGCCAAUUUAGUGGAAGCAACCAGACGUUGCCCUGGACCCAGCGAGGAAGAACAGGGUAGGGUUCCCGUAGGUCUGCCUGCCAAUUGUGUCGCAGCCAACAUUCAGAGAGUUUCUGACUGCAGUGGAAAUGAAAGAACCCUGAAAAUCUCUUUGGAGAGAGAUUUUCAGGGUUCUACCAAUGAGGUCUGUGAUUCUGAGGUCUGUGUUCCAGAAACGACUUGCUCUCCGUGUGCAGUGUGCACUGUGGAUGACACUUACCCUCCUGCAGAAAUAUAUCACCCCAGCGAAGCUAUUUCCCCUAGUGAUGGUGGUGUUGGGGAUCAGACCUCCUUGAGUAAACCUUGUUUCCUAGGACAGAUUUGUGCGCUUCCUGAUGCUGAGUUUUCCCAGGAAGCUUAUGCUGAAGAGGAAAAUAUCUAUGAGGCAGCUUGCCCAACUGAUGAGACCCACAUUCCCACCAGAGUCUUCAAUACUAUUGACAUUUUAGACUCCCAAGAAAACAAAUAUAUUGAUUCAUUGGAAUUAAGUGAAGAGUUGAGAAGAGUUGAUGAAGUUGAGGAAGACCUACAUGUUUUGGCAGACUCUGAGUAUAAUAGUGGCUUUAAUACAUCAGCGUCACUUCGGGAUGUCAGUAAUUUAAGCCCCUGUGGCCUUUUCUCGAGUAAAACUGAUCUAGAGUUUGAUAAGCAACCGAGUUCUUCAGAUGAAUUUGAAAAUUGUUCACUAAAGAAAUUUCAGGAUAAAAAUACCUACACUUCCUUUGAUAAGGAAGACUCAAGAACUUCUGAAGAACCGGGUUCAGUCACCAACAGCAUGACAUCAAGUGAAGGAAAUAAUGUCUCGGAAUUGGAGUCAUUUGAAGAAUUAGAAAACCAAGACACUGGUAUCUUUAAUACCAAGGUAAAUACAGAAGAGAAAACCACUGAAGAAUCCAUCCCAAAAGAGAUAGAGGCUGGUGGAAAUUUGCAAUCCAUCGUCAUGUCUAGUAGGAGUAUUAUAGAAGAAGAAAGAAGGAAUGGUGUAAUUUCUGAGACCACCAAUAUGAGGCAGGUGACACCUCCAUCUUUGGUGUUUUGUUAUGACUCUAAGCAAAAUACUGAAAAGGAGAUUAGUGAAGGAGAUGCUAAGAGGAGAGCUAAAAUGAUGGUGAGGCGCAUAGAAGCUGGAAGUUAUUCAGAGUCCUCUCUUGAUUUUAAAAAAUGCUUCAAAAGCCCGGCAACUUCUGACUGGUCAGACUAUAGGCCAGACAGCGAAAGCGAGCAGCCACAUAAAACAUCCAGCGAUGACCACAAUGACAGUGAUGACACUGCCCAAGAGAAAGAAUAUAAUAAAGGGUUUGUUAAAAGGGCCAUAGAAAAACUUUAUGGGAAGGCAGAGAGUAUGAAACCAUCUUUUUUUCCAGGGUCUUUGCACAGAUCUCAAGUUUCUCCUUACAAUUCUGUGGAGUUUCAGUGUGCAAGGAAAGCAAAUUCUUGUGUUUCUGAAGGUCGGUCAUUUGGCUUCUCUGAACAGGUGUCUAGUAGUUCCCCGAUGUUGCAGGAAUUCCAGGAGGAAAGACAAGGUCAACGUGAUGUUAAUGGUGUGGGGGACAGUUAUCACGAGGCCGACAUGGCAGACCAUGGUACUAUAAAACAAAAUGAUCCCAACAGGGUCCUCAGAGACAAAGAGGAAGGAAAACUGAUUGACAAAGGCAAGUGGCUUCUGAAAGAAAAUCAUCUGCUAAGGGUGUCAUCUGAAAAUCCUGGCAUGUAUGGCAAUGCAGACACUACAUCAGUCGAUACCCUCCUCGAUAAUAACAGCAACGAGGUGCCAUAUUCACAUUUUGGAAAUUUGAUCCUGGGCCCAAACAUGACUGAAUUAUCCUCUUCAGAGCUGGAGGAGCUCACUCAACCUCUUGAACUGAGAUGCAAUUACUUUAAUUUGCCUCAUGGGAGCGACUCUGAACCCUUCGGUGAGGAUUUUGCAGAUGUUGAGAAUAACACCUGUGCCAAGGAGAGACUACCAGAUCGCACAGAAGAGAAGGGUAAUCGUCAAUCAGAAAGAGUAUGCACGUCGGUCACUCAUGCCUUUACAUCUUCUAGUAACAAAGUUCACCCUGUCUCUGAUGAGAUCAUUAAAACCCAACCAUUACCUGGCAGUUCUGUAACUCACAGUACACUUCAGGAAGGUGACUCUUUGGAUAAACUCUACGCUCUUUGUGGUCAACACUGCCCCAUACUAACUGUCAUCAUCCAACCUUUAAAUGAGGAAGAGCGAAGAUUUGCUUAUCGCAAAGAUUCUGAUAUUGAAAAUUCCUGGGGUUUCCAUUUAGGGAUGAAAAUAUACCCCUAUUGGCCACAGUCAAACAAAAACACAUUUAAGAAUCAGGAUAAUCAUUCAAUUAGGAGAAAAGAAUUUGUUGAUAACACUAUUGACGAUCCAUUUGAUAGGCUUUAUUUCAAUAAAAUGUUUGACUUGAUGGAUAAAAGAAGGAAACCAAAAAGAAUUAAGUUCUUGGGCUUAGAGGAAGAAAGUAAUUUAAAGAAAUUUCAAUUAUAUUUAAAGAAAAGGUUUUGUGUUAAUUUCUUGCACAAAUCAUUGUUAGUUGUGGGUGACGUGAAUUCAGAAAAACAAAACCCCAGCAACUGGACAAAUGGUGUUUUUAAAACAGUUGAUGAGAAUAACAACUUAUUAAAUGACAGAUUUCAGAACUCAAGAACAAAUCUCAACCAAGUAGUAAGAGAAAAUGUCAACUGUCAUUUCUUCUUUGAAAUGCUUUGUCAAACCUGCCUGCUAGAUAUUUGCCAAGUUGAGACAUCCUUAAAUGUUAUUAAUAGAAAUAUAUUUAAAAUACAUUAUAUUUUUGAGGGUGAAAAUCUUUUCAUUUGGGAAGAGGAAAACCAAUUAAAUUUAAUUGAUCUUGAAAGCAGUAAUAGGCAAGAUGAUUUAUAAUUUGUAAUAUCAGCACCACCUUUCUUUGUUAAUUAUUUUUUUUCCAAAAUAAGAUGAAACAUUGGGAUGGACAUAUAGAUGACCUCUAAGUAAAUUUCCUACUCUUUAAAAAUGAGCUUACCCUAGAAAUCUUACCCUUGGAUGAACUGAUUUGACUUUUAUUAUUACUCUGUUCUUUUGUUUUUUCAGCAUUUACAGAUUUUAUGUGGUUUUGUUCUGAAUUUGUGAUUUCUUGUAUACAUGAAUUUUUGUCUAGGGCGUCAAAAAUAUGCCUAGGACAAGAAUUAUGUCUUUUUAUAUUGUUGGCUUUAUAUAACAUGUUUAUUGAAUAUAUUCUUAAAUAAAUGGAAUAGACAUAGACUUAAAGUGCUUCGUUUAUUAAUUUUAAUUACUGAUCUGAUAAAAUGUAUAAUUAAAAGACCUUCAUCACAAUGUCCUAGUUCUUGUGCCAAAUAUAUUGAGUCCUGGACCAUCAGAACAUCUAUGUCCAUGGGACACGAUUCACCAUUUUCUCACUGAAAAAAGGUGCUCUACCACUAAGUUGCUAGAAAGUACUAGAAAGUACUAAAAGUACUAGAAAGUACUUUUCCUAGAAAUUAUAAUAUUUUAAAUAGUAUUAAAAGCCAAAAAAUAUGAAGGGAUCAGAAAAAGUGGAGACAAAAAUCAUAAGACAUUCUUUGGGAAGGAAAAUUAAAGGAGCUGGAAUGAUUUAAUCUGGAAAAGAAUGGUGACUUCAACAUUCUCUUCUGGAAAGAGAAUUGCCGUGAAGAAUUUGACAGACUUCUUUGUGUCUUUUCCUGCUUUAAUGAAAUAUUAAUUUGAUAGAAAUAAAAACAUAUUGCUUCCCAGAAGUAUAAAUAAGCUGGACUAGAUUAUAGACCAUAAAUUAUUUUGCAUAAUUGUAUUAUGUUGCCUGGGUGUUAAUCAGGACAACUUCUGAGAAUCCUUCCACUCCAUGGUUCUAGGAUGGUAUAACAGGUCUUACAGAUUUGAAAAUCUGUGCCUGUUGUCUAGAAUGGACUUAGAGUAGAACUUUACUAAUGUUCUUGGAGCAACACGCGGAGGUGCUGAAAUAACAAAUUUGGUUUUGA